AUGGAGCAGCAGUCCAAGGCACCGCAGGACGUCCGCAACGUCGUCAACUUCCUGCGCAGCAGCAAAGCGGGGAUGCAUAUCCGCGUCGGCAUCCUCAACGGCAAGCGCAUCGACUACUUCAGAGGCAAGGGCGCCGUGAAGGCGCUCCUGUCCCCCGCUUACGCGAAGCUCAAGAACGUGCCCAAGAUCGCCAGCGAGGAGGACGCGCAGAAGCUGCUGCUCUCGAUCAUCCCCUUCGCGUUCUUCCUCCGCGUCGAACGCGGGCAGCCGACCGGCUCCUCCGCGAACUCGCCCAAGGCCGUCCAGAUCACGCAGAUGCAGACCUUCGUCCCCGCCGACUACUACGCCUGGUUCUACGAGGGCUCCCAGUGGACGACGUACCUCGGCGGCGCGGCGAUGGUCAUCGUCAUGCUCGCCGGCGUCAUGUUCCCGCUCUGGCCGCCGGUGAUGCGCAUGGGCGUGUCCUACCUCUCGUUCGGCCUCCUCGGGCUCAUCGCCCUCUUCUUCGGGCUCGCGGUCGUCCGCCUCAUCUUCUACAUCCUCACCGUCGUCGUGGCGAACCCCGGCAUCUGGAUAUUCCCGAAGCUGUUCGCGGACGUUGGAUUCGUCGAGUCCUUCAUCCCGCUGUGGGAGUGGGACGUCCCCAAAAAGAAGAAGAAGCGCACCGAGAAGGCCGAGAAGGGCAAGGCCCCCGCGAACGACGGCGACGAGUCCCUCAGCCCGUCGCCGCGCAUCCAGGAGGUCGUGGACUCGGAAGACUCGCGCCCCUCCAGUCGACAAGCGCGCGUGGGGGAGGUGCCGGACGAGGACUCAUAG